AUGCCAUUCUGGACAAGAGCGGUUCGUGCGGCGUCGGGCGGUCGGGCGGACAAGUCGGAGAAAACGGCCAGUUUGGGCGCUUUUGGGGGCUCGGCGAGUGGCGACCUGAUGGGUCUGGCGUCGGACUCGCCGGAGGCGCCGGGG